AUGGCCUAUAAGACCCCAUUAGGGAUGAGUCCCUUUUGGAUCAUUUAUGGGAAGGCAUGCCACUUCCCAGUUGAAAUUGAGUAUAAGGCUUAUUGGGCGGUUAAGCAGUGUUGCAUGGAUGUCACCAAGGUAGGUAUAGCCAGGAAAUUGCAGCUAGAGGAACUUGAGUGCCUUAGGAUAGAGGUCUAUGAGAAUGCAAGGAUUUACAAAGAGCAAACUAAGGCAUUCCAUGAUCACAAUAUCCGCAAGAAAGAUUUUCAAGAAGGAAAGCUCCGUUCAAGGUGGGAUGGUCCCUUUAGACUGAAGAAGGUAAAGCCUUAUGGUGUGGUCGAGCUAGUCCACCCUCAAUGUAGUGUAACAUUCAAAGUGAAUAGCCAUAGGGGAAAGAAGUAUCAUGGCUACAUGUCGCCGAAGGAGUUGGAGGUGUUCCUACUUACAGAUGAACCCAAAGGAGGAGAAACUUAA